GAACCCAGUUGAGUAUUCCAGCCGUACAAGUUGGGAAAUUCCCUUUAUACCGUUCUCUCGUUCCAUUCCUUCGCUUCAUGGUUGUGUUUUAUUCUAUGGUUGCUUGACUCCGAAGACUUCGCAUAGUAUACACACCAUAUUCAGGUUCUUUCUGCCUCGGAAUUCGCUUAAUUUUUUGGGUUUUGUGACUAUUAUUAAUUCCAUGGUGAAAUCAGGAGACGAUGGGUCUCUGGCAGUGGCUCCUUUUCUUAAAAAAAGCUACGAUAUGGUAGAUGAUGAGUCCACAGAUUCGAUAAUUUCAUGGAGCCAAAGUAAUGAUAGCUUCAUUAUAUGGGAUAUGACUGAAUUUUCUAUUCGAUUGCUGCCCAAGUACUUCAAGCAUAGCAAUUCUUCUAGCUUUAUCCGGCAGCUUAAUAUCUAUGGCUUCAGGAAAAUUGAUACAGAUCGUUGGGAGUUUGCAAAUGAUGGAUUUAUCAGAGAUCAAAAGCAAUUGUUGAAAAACAUCUCCAGAAGAAAACAUCCUCAGGUCACUGACAAUAGAAAAGCAUUGCCACUGCAGGAUAGCUUAGUUGAACCUUGUGAAACAACUGAAAAUGAGGGGUUAUGGAAGGAAAUUGAGAUUCUGAAGACUGACAAAAAUGCACUGAUGCAGGAGUUGAUUAAACUUAGGCAGCUCCAGGAAAAUGCAGACAAUAAGUUACUUCUCUUGAGAGAUCGUAUUCAAGGAAUGGAAAAAAAUCAGCAGCAGAUGCUGUCAUUUUUAGUUAUGGUCAUGCAAAAUCCAGGAUUUCUUGUUCAGUUGCUUCACCCCAAAGAGAACAACUGGCGGAUGGCUGAACCAGGAAGCAUAGUGGAACAAGGUGCAGAUGAAGAACAAUUAGCUUAUGAUGGGAUGAUAAUAAGGUACCAGCCACCUCAAAUGAAUGAGGUGGCUACACCUAUGGUUUCAGGAGAACCAGAAGAAUCUAACCCUUUUUCUGAUGGAACAAAAGAUUCUUUCUUGAGUCCUGAUUUUAUGAAAUUGCUUAUGGAUGAAAAUUUGUCAUCGUUCGAAAACCAUAUACCAUUUAUUCCACCGGAAUUAUAUGAUGAUGGUGCAUGGGAAAAGCUUCUUUUGGCCAGUCCUUUCUUGCAGAAUGUUGAAGAUACCAAACAAGAUGCAGAAAGGCCUACUGAUACUGAAAAUGAAAUUGGAGCAGCAGUAAAUGGAACUCUGGUGGAGCAGAUGGAGAUAGCUGAAAGUACUGGAUUUUUAAUAGAAGAAAUAGAUAAACCUAAGAGUUUGGAGUACAAAAUCAAUAACAGGCCUCAUUCAGAGAAAUCUGAAAAGUUGGAAACUCUAACCUAGUAUGGCUCUUUCUGGAAUCAGAAAAGUGGAUUAUAAUAGGAACAAUACCUAGAUGAUAUAUUUUGCUGUCUUCUGCGUGGGCAAAUUUUUACAAAACGAUGUAAGUUGGUUCUCUUCUUCUCACCAGCUUAUCAAUUAUAAGUAAUUGGGUUAUUUUGUUGAUAGCGGCAACUCCAACAGGAUUUAGUAUAUGCUAUUAUUUUUGCUCGGUUGAUCUACAGAUUUUUUGGUGUAGCCGCAUGAUCUUUUCAACGCACUCGCUGGGCAGGACUGCGUUGGAUGAAUUAAAAUUUUGUUUGAUGUUGACAUCUAUAAGAAUAUGUAGUUAUUGCACAUUGAAACGAAAUUUAUUUGCAACUUUCAACUCUCUCACUUAUAUUAAUGUUGCAUUCUUGGUAUAGUGAAAUAUGAUUGAUCAC